AGUGUAGCCUAAGCAAGGGUUCGAAAUUCCCUAAGAGACUCUUGGGGUCCCGGUCCCAAACAUUUAACCUAAGAAACGAUUUAGCUAUCCGUAUAGGCCUAUCUUUUCCACGUUUUAAAAUUGUAUCAAUAAUUUAAGAUUAGCCUACCUGAUAUUCACUCUUAAAAAGGCCAAUAUAUCAAGCCCUGAUGUGUUAGGCAACAUCAUGAAAAUCAUGUUGGAACUUGCAAAAAAGUAAAAGCCCCCCUCAUUUCGUAGCCUACUUACCCAUAGUCAGUUUUCUUGCAGUUAACUGAUGAGGUUAGCAGCAGAGAUAAAGUAGCCUAUCACUAGCCCUCGCGCACCAAAAUGUUUCCUCUCAUUCCCGGGCUUUUUUAUUUAAGGUAAAUCAACAGCUAAUAUCAAGUCACACAGCUAUUUUUGAUUGCUUGUUUGAUGGCUACGGCUCAGAAAUCUAUAUGGAAGCUCAAACGCUUUGGACGUUUUUUGCCCGGAUCCAAAGACAUCUGUAAAAAUCCUUGGAAGAUGUUCGAGUCAAAUGAAGGUGCAGACGAAUUGAUCCUCACUAUUGUGGAAUCUGGACACAUGCUGGUAUCACAGGGGCAAGAGCUUUUGGAGGGACUCUCCUUACUUAAUUCCCCAAGCUUCCUCAAAGUACAACAAAAAUCUGACACACUGUUAUUCCGUGUGACUGUAAAGGGGGAGAGUCGUCUGAUGAGGAUGCAGUUUGGUGGGAGCUGCAGAGCUGAGUCACUGGAGGAGUGUAGGAGUGCAGUGCUCAGACUGAAGGAGUACCUGCCCGUCAGUUCACAAGGGGGGGCUCCACCACCACUCAGUUACUCUCCAGCUCCCAAUCAGACCCCCACAGAGACCACCACUCUUCAUCAACAGACCCUGGCAGGAGAAACGAUGGGACUUGGGCCUGAAGUCACCCAGGGGUCACUGUCUGUCAAGCAUCUAACCCAGCACUUCCUGGGAGAGCGUGGUCUGUCUCUGCCCUUGCUGUACAACCACUGUGUCCUGCAACACGGGGAAAUGGAGCCUUUCCUGCGCCUCUGCCUGCUUGACCCCAGCUUCCCUGCCUUUGUGGAGGAGGUGGAGGGAGAGCUUAGGAGAUUGCUCCAGGACUGAGGAAGGCCAACAACAGCCAGAGGGAGAUCGUUUGGCUCAAUACACAUGGUACCAUGUUCUAUGUGUGUGGGAGGGCAAUGGGGAGUUGUAUUGUUUUCCUUGCUAGUGAUUCUGUGAAUGUUCGCACAUAGUAAUCACCAAGGUGUAGGAGGAACUUUCAGAACUGCUCAGAUAUAUUGUAAUAAACAAGAUAAGGAUAUUAAUUUUUUUUGAAAACCAAAAGAAGCAAAGACUGAUUUUUUUAGCUUUUUUUAUUCUGAAAAAAUUAUUGGUCUCAUAUGUUUAAUCGUGGCUAUAUACGUAGCUCCUCCAUUCCCACCCUAAUGUAGGUCCAUUUGCACUGCAACACACAUGGAUACACUGUAUUGAUAGAGAGGAUUCAUGCAGCUACAGCAGUGCAUUUUGCUAUACCAGCUUCCAAGUGAUCCCACAAUAUUAAAGCUUGACUGAGAAAAAACAAACUGCCUUCAAUAUAUCUAUAUGAAUACAUAUUGCAUAGGAUAAUAGCCAUGCUGUACAAUUUCAGAAAAUAAAUGAAUAAAAAUGAAUUAGAUCAUUUGGGAAAUAUAAAAUUGAUAUUAUUAUAAUAUUUUUUUUUACAGAUUUGCUAUCAUUUGAACACUCAUACCGCAACAUAUACAAGACACCUAAGUUACUCUGGAAAAAAGAAAACACUUAAUUGCCAUUUUAUUUAACUAGUUUGAUACAUAGUAGUAAAUUUUUUUAUCAUUCUCAACUAAAUACUGCCAGUCAUCGAAGCCCUUGCUUCAUCAUAAAUGUUCUGUUAAGAGUG